AUGAUUGAACUAGUUUUUCUUAGUGCAGGCGUGUUGUUGUUGUUGCUGACCCAGUUCCGCAAUCAAAUAAUGGCCAUUUUCAAAAGAUUUUCUUUUGCAUCAAGUAGUCCCGUCGAGGAGAAAGCCAAGCUGUCGCCGGUUUCAGAAGCUAAAAAUGGCAAAGGAUACAUGGGCAACGACACUAUACAAGAGCCUACUCCCUUGAUGAUCACUCCGGAGGAAGUGGCGAUGUAUGACGAUAGACCCUGGAGACCCUUCCGUUGGCCGUACCAUCAAACCAUGUCUAUUUUCAAGUUGGACAUCAACCAUUGGUUGGACAUGGAUAAAUAUUACCAGCACUACAUUGAUGAAAAAAAGAGAAUUAGAUUGAAGUUUGGUAAGCAAAACUUUGACUGUUUGCCAGAGGGUAAAGACGCGUGCGUUGAGUUGAUGGAAAUGGUUGUGGACCACAUGGUCAAGAGAUACCCUCUUUUGUUCGUUGUGUUGAAAAAUGGCGACUGGGCUACCGAGGGUAAAAUUGUUAGGAACGAAGUCACUAAGGAAAUUUUGGAUAUGACUUUGCCCUUGAAGCAGGAUCCAUUGGUUUUCAUUUCCAAAUUGGCCAAGGAGGAUUUCUACAUUGUUAAGAAGAACGAAAAAGAUGGCUUGCAUUACCUUGUUGCUGCAGCAGUCCCCUUCCCCGGAGGCUCAUUUGGUAUUGACCAGAAGAUCGGCAGGAAUCUCGACGUUAUCCACACCGACGUGCCCUAUUAUGAGACCAAGUUAAAGAGAUCCAUGGAGAGAUGGUUUGAGAAAAUGAGACCCGAGGACCCCGUUGAGAGAGCUAGUUGGUACAUCACGUGGGACACCAUGCUCAAGGUGAACAACAUUUACCAGCGGCCCGAGUUCAAGCCCAAUUUGGAAGCCGACAUGAAAGGGACCGACUUGCGGGAAUUCAACGUUCGAGUCGAGAGGCAGACCUUGAGACGGUUGCCCAGAUCAAACGCAAUCAUAUUCACCAACCACCCUGUUUUCUACUCGAUCGAUGAAAUGAAGGACGAGCCAAUGGUGCCCUCACUCAUAAAGAAGAUUUUGUACGAAGGACCCGAGGAUAUUUUGAAAUACAAGAAUUUCGCAUUUGUUCGUGAUCAUCUUUCGCCCUAUUUGGACUCGUUAAUUCAGAGACAAAAGGACUUGGGGAUAAUCACAGACGAGACUCCAUUGAAGACCCAGCCUAGUUAUCCAUUUGCUUAUUGGGUCAAGGACGAUACAAGCAAGAAUGACUUUCAAGGCUGGAACAAUCCUAGUCCUAGUUACAGCAAGGCCCACAUGAAAACUGCAGGUUUCGACACGGCCAAAUUGGCACCAAACGAGUAA